CUGUGUUCAGCUGCCGUGACGGUGUGGACUCGUGAGGUUAACGGGUCGGCCUUAUAUCGGAUCUCCGACGAAGACCUCUCUCAUGAGGGCUACCACAGAGACACAGCAGGCCGCGAAGAUGUGGUGGUGCUUUUAGCAAGAUCUCCUGGGCAGUGCAACCUCGGUCUCUGUACACUUGCACUGAGUACCAACGUAAGAAUUACCGAUGGAGUCGUCUCUCACCAGGAAAACGUGCUCGGCACACCGGAUGGCUUCACAAAUUUACGCGACACCUUCUACUGCGUGCGGCGACACGGCGAUUGUGGUGCAAAACGUCCAGUGUUCAGAUUCACAAAAGGAUCCGGCCUAUCAAUAGAAGGAAAAGUUCUAUGCUAUGGUUGGGCAGACAACGGAUCAGUAGUGCAUCCGAUGUCUAAGGACAGAACAUGUUUACCGGUGAACUCUGUAGCAAAUGGAAAGAUAAGCUACUCGAGUUCGACUUCGAGCAUCUAUUCGAUUGGUACGACGGCCACUCUGGAAUGUGACGAAGGUUACGUGAACGGCGGUGAAAGCUCGCUUCUGUGCGUCAAUUCGGGAUGGUAUCCGGCUAGUGGACUUGGUUACUGCGUGGAACAAAAUAACUCUUUGGUGCACUCUGAUACAUCACUGUCAGUUUCAUCGUCUUCCAUGGAAUGCGCAGCAUUGGGCAGGAUAAGGAAUGGCCAGCUGACUUAUAGUGGUCUUGCGAAAGGAGGUCGCUUUCCGCAAGGCACACACGCCACCGUAGCUUGCGACAUUGGCUACAGCCUAUUUGGAUCGGCGGAUAGUGUUUGUAAAGAGGGGAAGUGGAAUCGAAAACACGGUGUCUGUUAUUCGAAGCUCGAUCCCAUAUGUCCAACACUGCAACCUCCAGCUUCUGGAAAGGAUCGCAUUAAAAACGAUAUCAAGAGGGUUCAAAAACACGACUGUUCUUCAGAUCAGCUACAGCACCUUGGGACCCUACACACCGUCGACGACAGCGACGAUGAGUUGCGAGUUCGGACUGAGCGUCUUGGGGGCGUCGACGCUGCGCUGCACUAUGGAUGGGUGGCUUCCAGCUGA